AUGACUGUUGAACUCUGUCAGAUGUUGGUUGAACUCUGUCGGAUGGCGGUUGAACUAUGUCAGACGACCGUUGAACCAAGUCAGAUAGCGGUUGAACUUUGCCUUAUAGCGGAUGAACUCUGUCAGAAGUUAGUUGAACUCUGUCAGACGAUGGUUGAACUAGGCCCUAUGUCAGACGACGGUUGA